GCGUGGAGUGCGUACUCUUCAACGAUCAGUACCUGACCUGUAUGUGGGGCAACAAAGAGAUGCCAACAGCCAAUUAUUCGCUCUAUUACUGGUACUUUCCCCCAAGCUCUGUCAUGCCAGUGGAAUGCAAGUACUACCUCCAGGAGAAGGGCAUCAACACGGGCUGCUGGUUCAACCACAGCGAGAUCAUCCAGUUCCGCACCUUCAACAUCCACAUCAAUGCCAGCCAUGAGGGCAGGAGCCUCGUCAUCCCCACCAAAGGCAUGAAGCUGCAGGACCUAGUGAAACCCGCUCCACCGGCGAACCUGACCAUUCAGAACAUAAGCAAUAACCAGCUGCAGCUGACCUGGGACUCCGUGUACAACAAGCCCCACUGCCUGGAAUAUGCUGUCAGAUACAAAAGCAACAAGGACACCCGAUGGACGGAGCACUUGGCCAGUGGCAAGAUCUUCUCCUUCCCUAGCGUGGACUACGAGAAGUAUUACACCUUCAACGUGAAAAGCAAGAUCAGUCAGUACUGUGGCACCACCCAGCUCUGGAGCGAGUGGAGUGUCCCAGUGUUCUGGGGCAACAAUGCAACAGACAAGGGUAGGUGA